GGACGUUGGGGAUGAGAACAUGCACGACCAAAACAUGCUUGCCGAUGACGACGUCGGUGCCACGUUGGAGCAUCGCCCUGGCGACAUCCCCACCAGUUCUGUGGGAGCGGCUGUUGGUCGGCCCUUGUCGUCCCCUGCGAUAUGGCAUUCGCAAGGCGGGAGUCAGGGUGGGCAUGACUCGCAGGAGCAGGGAGGAUCAAAGUCGAGGAAACGGACAAGAGAAACUUCUCCUUCUGCUUCCGCUCACAAGAGACAAGCGAGGACUGACGCUGUUAAUGAGGCUCGUGGAACUGUGGUGGCAUCCCAGGAGGCGAGACCUCCUCGGAAGAGCAGCCAGGGGGGAAGAUCUGGCGGUCGUGGCGGCGGUCGUGGUGUCGCAAGAAAAGGUAAGCAGAUAGUGAGGGCAGAAGAACUGCGGGACUCAGGGGAUGAGGGCGGGGGAGUGGGCCCUCGCAUGCCCGACGAUGGUGAUGAACCGCUUCAGCACGCUGCGCCCAUCGACACGACGCGUUGUUUCUUCCUCGAGUACAAUGAGCGGGGUUUUGCUAAGCAAAAAUUCCUUCCUGUUCUUGUGGACGUCAUGAAAAUCAAACACAUUCCCCGCGGGAAUAUUCUUUUUAACCACCGCUCUUUGUCUGCGAACACUGUGCGAGGCAUCGUGAAUGCCAUCGAGAGUUCCAUCACCACGGAACCGGGGGCGUGGGAUAGGCCUGACCUCGUGCUUGCGCCGGUUGACCGCAACGACAUCGUUGGCGGGCAGGGUAGGCGGAUAACACCGACCGAAUUCUUGGAAAGAGACUCCUCGGAGUUCGAUUGGUAUGCUGUCUGUGGUCAGCAUACGGUCGAGGCCAUGAAGACAUUGGUGUGGGAGUACCUGUUCCACGAUAUGCCACAAGGACAGCUUGACGAGAAAUAUAUAUACAGGAAAGCAAAGGCAACAAAGACCCUCAAACAUUAUCACGGUGCUCUCACUGGCGCCUUUGAGACUUUUGUUGCUCGAUGCGAGAUCCUCAAGUUCGAUCUUCGCACAGACCAAUUGACGUCCAAGGACUACGCGGAGUUCGUGAAAUCGGGCGAUGGCUUUAACCCCAUCGACAGCGAGGAAAAUUCUUCGGACUCCGACCUCGAACUGGGCGAGGACACAUGUGCUGAGGUUCCGCGCGGAGGAAUGGUGCAAGCUCAUGAUGACGGAACUGUCCAUUCGCACGAAGGGUCUAUCCUGGUGGCCGCCCCAAGCGUCACCUCAAUGGUGGCCCCGUCGGAGACUGCUGCAUUGCAAGACAUUGGAAGAUGCAGUGGGAAUGAAGAAGACGACAUUGAGAUACCAGGCGAGGCGUCGACGCUUGCACCAGGCGAUGCAAUUCCUCCAGGCUAUUGUGCUGACCCGAACACGAUUUAUUUCUUGGAGGGCAAACACACCCACACAGGCGAGGAUCAAUGGGGCCAUGACAUCAUAUGGCAUGAGGGCGUUUUACAGCCGUGCAUCCAAGAUGGGGAGUGGAAGAUGGCGGUGAAAUACACAAGCGGUUGGAAGACUUUUCGCCRGAUGUCAAAGGRMAUCUGGUUGAAAAYRACGGARCUCGCGAUCCUGCAUCACGUGCGCGUCGAGAAUCCAGGGCAGAGCGAGGCCGCCAUCAAAGCCAAGGCCGAAGAAUUAUUUCAUGUCUUGCGCGACAAUCGACAACUGGAGUACAACAACAAAUUUUAUGCCCUCCGCUCGAGUCCCUCACACGGGUCAAUCAACUGGAAGGUUGAUCAAACCGCCAGAACCUUGGAGGGGAGCUGCUCUCAUGAUUUCAUGCCUUCGGCUGAGCCGGCCUCCGUGGCCGCGCAAGCAGGGCACACGGAAGAUGACGGGACUACUGUUGUCGGGCCUCAAGAGGUUGACAUGACGUCAAUGCUGCAAAUAUCGAAAAAAUCCAUCUCGGUCGCUGCGGCACAAUCGUCCCCACCCAUCGCUGUGUCAACGACGUUGCCGCCGGAUGCAGGUGCCACGUACGGGAGUUUAUUGAUAACAAAUGCUGCAAUGCAAGGCAGAUCUGAGAUCGAGUCAGAAUCUGAUGUUGGGCCGAGCGUGGCGGAAAGUCAGUUGCAACCGUCUUUAUGCACUGGCAAAGGUGAUGCACAAUUGCCGCUGACACCACAGGGAGGGGCCGGUGGGGAUGGCGGGAAGGGAGGGGAUGUGGAGGGAAUGCACCGUUCUCGCAACCUCGACACCUUAACCUCUGAUAUUGAUUAAAAGGUUGAGGAUGAGUUAGGCGGGAGGGGUGCAAUUGGAGGGGGAGAAUCCAGUGAUAUAAUUACAACUUCACCUCCGCCUUGUUGAACGAAAUUGUGUAAUUGACUUGGUUCGUUGUUUUGUUUAAAAGAGAAUUUGUAUUAGUCUCCGUAGGCACCACUUCUACAUCGUUUUUCCAUUUAUGUAUAAUUUUUUUUUUCACCUCAAAUUUUUAAUAGACCUGAGAUGUUUAGAUUGACUGCCCGUCUCGACGUCCAGUAACAAAUCGUGGUGGGAGCG